AUGAUUGAGGAUAACCACUCCUUGACAACAGAAUUUAUCCUCACAGGAUUUAGUAAUCACCCAGAGCUGAGGACCAUUCUGUUUCUGGUGUUCCUUACUAUCUACCUGAUCACCAUGGUGGGAAACCUUGGUCUUGUGGCACUGAUAUUUGCUGAGUCUCGUCUUCACACACCAAUGUACAUCUUUCUGGGUAACCUUGCUCUGAUGGAUUCCUGUUGUUCCAGUGCCAUCACCCCCAAGAUGCUACAGAACUUCUUUUCUAAGGACAGAAUCAUUUCCCUCUAUGAAUGCAUGGCACAAUUUUAUUUUCUCUGCCUGGCUGAAACUACAGACUGCUUUCUCCUAGCAGCAAUGGCCUAUGAUCGCUAUGUGGCCAUCUGCAACCCACUGCAGUACCACACCAGGAUGUCAAACAAACUCUGCCUUCAAAUGAUUACAGGAGCCUAUAUAGCCGGAAACAUGCAUCCCAUGAUUCAAAUAGGGUUUCUGUUUAGGUUAACUUUCUGUAAGUUUAAUCAAAUUAAUCACUUCUUUUGUGAUGUUCUUCCAUUGUUCAGACUCUCCUGUAUUGACCCUUAUAUCAAUGAAAUGAUGUUAUUUAUCUUGGCUGGGUCAAUUUUAACCUUCUCUAUCACCAUAGUAAUAAUCUCUUAUCUUUUUAUCCUUUUCACAAUUUUCACAAUGAAAUCCAACAAGGGCAAAGGCAAAGCCUUAUCUACUUGUGCAUCCCACUUUCUCUCUGUCUCCAUAUUCUAUGGUUCUCUUCUCUUCAUGUAUGUUGGACCAAAUUCAGGUAAUGAAGGAGAUAAAGAUAUUCCUGUUGCUAUUUUUUAUACUCUAGUUAUUCCUUUAUUAAACCCUUUUAUUUAUAGCUUAAGAAACAAGGAAGUAAUAAAUGUUACCAAAAAAAUCAUGAAGAUCUACUCUGUCUUCCAGUAUAGUGAUUCACUCCUCUGUGUCAUUUAG